AACCCCGUCCCCACUCCCCAAGAUCCUGGCGCCCCAGCCGCAGGGACUGUGCCUCCGCGAGCCGCGAUGUGUGUCCUCUCAGAGCCUGUGGGCCUCCCUGCCCUCCGUUUCCUCCUCACAGGCCCCCACCUCCGUCAGAAUGACGCUGGACGUGGGACCCGAGGAUGAGCUGCCCGACUGGGCCGCGGCCAAGGAGUUUUACCAGAAGUACGACCCCAAGGACGUCAUCGGCAGAGGAGUGAGCUCUGUGGUCCGCCGUUGUGUUCAUCGAGCUACUGGCCAUGAGUUUGCGGUGAAAAUCAUGGAGGUGACGGCUGAGCGACUGAGUCCUGAGCAGUUGGAGGAGGUGCGGGAAGCCACGCGGCGAGAGACACACAUCCUUCGCCAGGUCGCUGGCCACCCCCAUAUCAUCACUCUCAUCGAUUCCUACGAGUCUUCUAGCUUCAUGUUCCUGGUGUUUGACUUGAUGCGGAAGGGAGAGCUGUUUGACUAUCUCACAGAGAAGGUGGCCCUCUCAGAAAAGGAAACCAGGUCCAUCAUGAGGUCUCUGCUGGAAGCAGUGAACUUUCUCCAUGCCAACAACAUUGUGCACCGAGACCUGAAGCCCGAGAAUAUUCUCCUAGAUGACAAUAUGCAGAUCCGACUUUCCGAUUUUGGAUUCUCCUGCCACUUGGAACCUGGCGAGAAGCUUCGAGAGUUGUGUGGGACCCCAGGAUAUCUAGCACCUGAGAUCCUUAAAUGCUCCAUGGAUGAAACCCACCCGGGCUACGGCAAGGAGGUCGACCUCUGGGCCUGUGGGGUCAUCUUGUUCACACUCCUGGCUGGCUCACCACCAUUCUGGCACCGGCGUCAGAUCCUGAUGUUACGCAUGAUCAUGGAAGGCCAGUACCAGUUUAACUCACCCGAAUGGGAUGACCGUUCAAACACUGUUAAAGACCUGAUUUCAAGGCUGCUGCAAGUGGAUCCUGAAGAGCGUUUGACAGCUGAGCAAGCUCUACAGCACCCCUUCUUUGAGCGUUGUGAAGGCAGCCAACCCUGGAACCUCACCCCCCGACAGCGGUUCCGGGUGGCAGUGUGGACAGUGUUGGCUGCUGGACGAGUGGCCUUAAGCAUCCACCAUGCACGUCCGCUGACGAAGAGUGCGCUGUUGAGGGACCCCUAUGCAUUGCGGCCAGUGCGGCGCCUCAUUGACAGCUGUGCCUUCCGGCUCUAUGGGCACUGGGUGAAGAAGGGCGAGCAGCAGAACCGCGCAGCCCUCUUCCAGCACCGGCCGCCUGGGCCUUUUCCCAUCAUGGGCCCUGAAGAGGAGGGGGACUCAGCUGCUAUCACCGAGGAUGAGGCCAUGCUGGUGCUGGGCUAGCACCUGAGCCCUGGGGAAUGCCAGAAAGCAGGACUUUCCAUGAGGAGGAUUUUUAUCAUUCCAGCCCCUUUUGGCUCUGGCCGUAGGCCCCGGCCCCACUGCUUGGCUAGGCCACCACUCACUGUACUAUCAUAAAGUCCAGUCUGUCCCCACUGGCCAGGGCUUUCAGAUCAGAGCUGAGGUAGAAGGGAGCCGCUUAAGAGUGCCAUGCCUGGCCUUGUCAGUGCUACCUGUGCUGUGUAUGCAAUAAAAUCUACACACCAGGGA